CGCUUUGCUGCAGAUCAGGAACCAGCUGGAUGUUCCUGACAGAAACCAUGAGAGGAUACCGCGGCGUCAAGUACACCUUGUUCUUCUUCUGCUACUGUUUCUGGGUCGUCAGCGCCGUCCUGAUCGCUGUCGGGAUCUACGCCAAGGUCGCCAAGGAGAAAGAUGUAGUCGACACUCUGACCGUGGAUCCAGCGCUGCUGCUGAUUGUUGUCGGAUUGUUGACGUUCCUCAUCACCUUCCUGGGAUGUUUCGGAGCGCUGCGGAACGCCACCUGCCUGCUGAAGAUGUUCCUGUCCAUCCUGGCUGUGGUUCUGGUCCUGCAGGUCGCUGCUGGAGCUGUGACUUACGUUUUUACUGACUUGGUGAUGGAGAGGACGGAGACGAUGAUGAUGAAGGCCGUCGUCCGCUACAGGGAGGAUCAGGAUCUGGAGAAUGCCAUCGACUUUGUGCAGAAGAAGUUCCAGUGCUGCGGCGUGGAAAACUACAAGGACUGGUCCCGGAACGUCUACUUCGAGUGUUCUGACAGCAACCCCAGCCUGGAGGUCUGCGGCGUUCCCUUCUCCUGCUGCAUCCACCUGCAGAACCAGACGGUGCUGAACACCAUGUGCGGUUACGGGAUGCAGCAGCAGCAGGAAGCGGCGGCCCGGCAGCACAUCUUCACGGCCGGCUGCCUGCAGCGGAUCGUCCUGUGGGCCCAGAAGAACCUGCUGCUGGUGGCCGGGCUGACGGCCGGUCUGCUGCUGCUGGAGGUGUGCAUGAUGGGUCUGGCCGCAGCGCAGGCGGCCUGGAUCCACCGGGUCCGACGGAGGCAGAAGGUCGUCGAAGGUCGCAGAGCAGAGGAGAGGAAGGAGAGGCUCUGGUUUCCCGCCUUCGCCGACUUCACUGAGGAAUGAUGAAGAUGAUGACGACGAGCUUCGUCUCUGCAGGCCGGGCUCAGCAGAACCAAACAGAACCAGGAGGUUUCUGAGGUUCCUUCUCAUCUCAGAGCUUCAGGACUUUAAAGUGUGACCUUUGACCUGUGGGGUUCCAGUCUCCUUCAGGCUGUUUCCUCUCUAAUCUGCCUGUUCUGCUGUAAUCUGAGGCGGAUUAGCAGCAGGAUCACCUGCGGCGGCAGCAUGUUGCUGCGGGAGGCGGCCGUCACGCUCGUCUUAUUGGAUUCAUGACCUCAGGGUCAACCGCCGCGCGCAUGUGUGUGUGUGCCUGUUUGUGUGUGAGUGUGUGUGUGUGUGUGCGCGAACAGGAUGCAUGAUGGGAAACCUCGUGUCUCAUUCAUCCUGUAUUUUAUACGUGUCCAUCGCUAUGGAAACGGUUUAUGUAUGAAUACUUGAGGCCUUUUUCACAGAAACCAACUGAAAAAAAUAAUACAUGGUUCAAAUCUGAAAAGUGUGGUGUGUCCCCAAAAAUGCUCAGGUCAGUUCUGGUUCUGAAAAUAUAUUAAA